UCAACAUCCAGUUCCUCCUCAUUUCUCUGUUUUCAGGUUGUUGGCAUAAAACGGAUGAUGAGGAGGCCUGUUCUGAGCGCAGUCUAUCUGUACAAGGAGAGUCACAGGUCAGGGCGUCUAAGACAGAGCCAGGAACCCAGAGGACCCAUGUGUGUAAGCGGUGUUUCUCUGUGUUAAAAGACAUUCUGCACCUGACUGAGUCUCAGGCAGCAUACUUGGAGCAGAAAGCCUUCUUCAAUGACACACGUGUGAGAGACUUCUGUUUCAGUGCAAACCCUCGCCAGCAACAGAGGGAAGCCAGUGGAGAGAAGCCCUGGAAAGAAGCUGUGGACAGGGCCUCGUUUGUGACCAGGUGCAGCUUCUACUUAUCAGGGCUGCCUUCAUCCAGGAGGGAGGUUGGGAAAGACUUGCCAGCCAUCUCAGAGCUUCUCCAGCACCAGGCCCCUCUCAACACUGAGGAGCCACACAGUGGCAGUGAGAUUUCUCAGAAACUUCUCAGUGGAAAAGGUCAUAACCAGUGGCGUCAAUGUGAAAAUACUGCCAGCCACAACCAGAAAGUUGUUCAACAGAGCUUCUGCAAGGGAGAAGUGAAUUAUGAAUAUACCAAAUCUGGAAAAAUUUUUAGAGGAAUCUCUAGCCUCAUUCGACAUAGGAAAGUUCACACUGGAGAAAAGCCCUAUGUGUGUAGUGACUGUGGGAAGUCAUUCCGGUAUAUCCAUGUUCUUAAUCAGCACGAGAGAGUUCACACUGGGGAAAAGCCAUAUGAGUGUACUGAUUGUGGCAGGACUUUCAGUCAUAGGUACAAACUCACUGAACACCAGAGAGUUCACACUGGAGAAAAACCUUAUGAGUGCAGUGAAUGUGGUCAGACCUUUAGACGUAGGUGUAUCCUCACUGAACAUCACAGAGUUCACACUGGAGAAAAACCUUAUGAGUGUAGUGAAUGUGGGCAGUCCUUCAGACAAAGGUGUAACCUUACUAAGCACCAGAGAGUUCACACUGGAGAAAAACCUUAUAAGUGCAGUGAAUGUGGGAAGUCCUUUACACAGAGGUGUACCCUCACCAACCACCAGAGUGUACACAGUGGAGACAAACCUUAUGAGUGUAGUGAAUGUGGGCAGUCCUUCAGACAAAGAAGUACCCUUACUAAUCACCAGAGAGUUCACACUGGAGAAAAACCUUAUGAGUGUAGUGAAUGUGGGCAGUCCUUCAGGCGAAGACUUGCCCUCACUGAACACCAGAGAAUUCACACUGGAGAAAAACCUUAUGAAUGCAGUGAAUGUGGGAAAUCUUUUAGAAGGCAUAGUAACCUUUUUACCCACAAGAGAAUUCACACUGGAGAAAAAUCUUAUGAUUGUAGUGAAUGUGGGCAGUCCUUCAGAGAAAGGUGUACUCUUACUAAGCACCAGAGAGUUCACACUGGAGAAAAACCUUAUGAGUGCACUGAAUGUGGGAAGUCCUUUAGAGGAAGGUUUAACCUCACCGAACACCAGAGAAUUCACAGUGGAGAAAAACCUUAUGAAUGCA